GGGAAUUAUCUUUAAGGACAGAUAGUUCUCUGACUGGUGUUGAUCGCUGAUUUGCUCAUGCACGCUGCUUUUGCCUUAAUGAAACCAGCACCUGUCCUAAAAUAGUCGAGUCUCAUGAGAGUGCUCAGUUACCUGACAGCACAGCAAUUACAUGUUGGAUGCACUCCACAGUCACAGUCACAGGUGGAGAAGCUGGCUGUCCUCCAAUCAGAGUAGACUGGGUGGUACUAGCAGCAGAGCAAGAAAGUCCCACAGAUUAGAGGGAGAGGGAGGGAGAGGCAGAGUGUAUUUAUGUCGGUCGGCAGGCUAAACAUAGCACAACUGGUAGAGACGUCAGGGUGUAAGAGAGUGAGAAAGACAGCUAGACAGAAGUCUAUGUAUGAGAGCUGUGUUACAGCUAGUUACUUACAUCUGCAACUUCAACUAGUACUUUUCCUCUGCCAUGCAUAUUUUACAGUCCCACUGCAUCAUCAGGUCAGCACUGUGGCUCAAUGGCCCGAAAAGGAAGAGGAAGAACAGCCAAUGUUCGUUGAAGAGUAUGACUGCACGUUGUCUGAGUGACAGCUCCAAAUCCCCCGAGCUGAAAGAAGCGAGUAAAGAAGGGUACAUCCCCAGCUACCUCGAAAAGGAUGAGCCAUGUGUGGUGUGUGGCGACAAGGCCACAGGUUACCACUACCGCUGCAUUACCUGCGAAGGUUGCAAGGGUUUCUUCCGUAGGACCAUUCAAAAGAACCUCCACCCCAGCUACUCCUGUAAGUAUGAUGGCUGCUGCAUCAUCGACAAGAUUACCCGCAACCAGUGUCAGCUCUGCCGCUUCAAGAAGUGCAUUGCAGUGGGCAUGGCCAUGGAUUUGGUUCUGGAUGACUCAAAGCGGGUGGCUAAACGGCGUCUGAUUGAAGAGAACAGGGAGCGACGCAAGAGGGAGGGAAUGGUAAAAACCCUCCAGAACCGUCCAGAGCCCACCGACAGCGAGUGGGAAGUGAUCCACCUGGUGACAGAGGCCCACCGACACACCAAUGCUCAGGGCGCACAGUGGAAACAGAAGCGCAAAUUCCUGCCAGAAAAAAUCGGCCAGUCCCCGGUUGCCCCCACGUCAGACGGAGACAAGGUGGACCUGGAGGCCUUCAGCGAGUUCACCAAGAUCAUCACUCCUGCCAUCACCCGUGUCGUCGACUUUGCCAAAAAACUGCCCAUGUUCUCUGAUCUACCUUGUGAAGACCAGAUCAUCCUGUUGAAGGGCUGCUGCAUGGAGAUCAUGUCACUGCGGGCUGCCAUGCGCUACGACCCAGAAAGUGAGACGCUGACACUAAGCGGGGAGAUGGCUGUGAAGCGCGAGCAGCUGAAGAACGGCGGGCUGGGCGUGGUGUCGGACGCCAUCUUCGAUCUGGGCAAGAGCCUGGCACAAUUCAACCUGGACGACACGGAGGUGGCGCUGUUGCAGGCCGUGCUGCUGAUGAGCUCAGAUCGUUCGGGCCUGACCUGCAUGGACAAGAUCGAGAAGUGCCAGGAGACCUACCUGCUGGCGUUUGAGCACUACAUCAACUACCGCAAGCACAACAUUCCUCACUUCUGGCCGAAGCUCCUGAUGAAGGUGACCGACCUGCGGAUGAUCGGGGCGUGCCACGCCAGCCGCUUCCUUCACAUGAAGGUGGAGUGUCCCAACGAACUCUUCCCACCGCUCUUCCUGGAGGUCUUCGAGGACCAGGAGGUGUGAAACACAGUUGCUGCCACACAAAGGGAAGAGGAGGUUGGGGCAAACGGGAAGGGCCAUCAUCUUUAUAGGGGAAGGAUGGAGGGAGAGUCCUCUCGGCAGGAAUUUGCAUUUCUCCAUCAUCACAUUUAAAGGAUGUGGUUUAAAAAACUGGAACCAACAAUAACAGAAACAACACACCAGCAACAGGAGAGUCAAGCAAACAGAGGAUUUUGUUUUACGAACACCCUCUCCUCCACCUCUUUCUCCUCCUUUUACUUACCCCUGUUUUGAGAUUUGUGUGGGGGCCCUUCUGUCUGAGCAUGAUGUCUUAUCUAGUAAGAGCUGUAGCCAUUUGCCAAGACACAUACACCGAUACACACACACACAACACACACACACACACACACACACACAGCCACAGCCUGUUCCACCUCAGUUUUUCAGAACAGCGCUCUUUGCAGGGGUCUGUUCCCCCCCUCUGGUUCUUUUUUUUAUCGGCCACAGAAAAACACACCUUUUAAAGCCCAUGUUUCCAGCUUCCGAUGCUGGCCAGCACCUCUCAGUAUUAUUUCUGAAUAAGUGUUAAGGCAGUAAUUCAGAAAAUAUGGACAUCAUUGACAUAUAAUUGCUCACAGUCAUGCAGGCACACGCAAUCAGCAAACACUGCGCAUUAAAAUGUCAGCAGAUGCUUUAAGCGUACAUUGGUGUGUAAUGGCUGCUACCAGACCUAGUCUUUAUCAAUUCCUCAACUCAAUCUGAGCCGUUUCAGCUGUUUUUGGAGCUUCUUCUUAGAUCCCAGUGAAACCGGUGCUAUAUUUAUAUAAGGCUACUCCAGUUUUAUGAAAUUGUGUUGUCUACCUUUGAAAACAUGUGCAGAACAUGGCUCAUAUCUACCUUCAGUUUUGUCAUUGGACCGGCUCCUGUGACACACACACACACACACACACACACACACACACGAGCAAUCUUGCCUUGACAUUGCCUGUGCUGCUUGUGCCAGAAGCCUACCGUCUUAUUAAUGACAAUUAAGCCCUUCUCUCUCCAAGGAGUUACUGCAUAGAAAGAAAGAAGGGAGGGGAGAGGAGGGAGGAUCAGAGAUUGAGGAAACCAGAUGUAAUAGCUGGCCUGUAGAGUCAGAGCCAGGGUCAGAAGUAAAUCUCCCACAUGCAGCCAGGUUUUCAAUAGCAGCAACCACCAGCGAGACGGCAAAGCUCAUCUUAUACACACACACACACACACACACACUUUCUCUCUCUCUCUGUCUUUCUCUCACACACACAUAAAAGCAUAAACAUGAAAACACACGACAUCACCUCAGAGUAACGUGAAUGCCUCAUUUUACUGUAUACACUGCACGGCAGUGUCAAUUUAUACAGCCCUAACCUGCAGGGUUUGUUCAGAGUCCUCUCCUCGCGGACUCAGCUCAGUGUGGCCCCUCCAGGCUUCCAUACACAUUUGCCUUUUUUAAACCAUGGGCGUCACUGAGCGCAGGCAAAUGCCAAUAAGGCUACCAUUUACCUCAAAGUGGAUACACCCUGAGGCUGGGGCAGCAAUACUGCCCCUGUGGUGUCAGGCACUACCUCACCUCUGUGGACACAGGGCAGCUGCCCUCAGCCUACACACAGACAUACACCAUUCACCAAGUUGGCGCAUGUGUAGGUUAACACACAAAUGUGCAUAAUAUUUAAAUUGGUGCACACUUGUAGUCAUGGAAAGACACUCACGUUAUAUAUACACACACACACACACACACACACACACACACCCUCAGUGCUAUCACUUGGUUGAGGUUGAAGACAGGAGGGCCAGCCAUCCCCCCGGAAGGUUUUACCGACUCCAGGGAAUGGUACCCAUUACAUUCGGGUUAUCUCUUUUUGUUAUAUGGGACCAAGUGUUGUCUUUGGAAAUUUGGAUUAACCUGUUCCUGUCUAAACAGAAACAGACUAAGCGACGAAGGACAGUGUAGAUGUGCAGCCCAGCUGACACACAUUUACGCAAGUUGCAAUAGGAUAGAUGACAGAGUACCUGAAAACCCUGUGGUGGCCGCGCCUGUUGAAUUAGCAUGCAGAGAAAGGGCUGUUUCCUUCUGCAUCAUGGCAAUCUUCCACAGUACACUCAUGAUGGCUGCCAUUGGAUAUUGAUAAAUGGAAAUAAGCUUUCUUUCAUGCAUGGACAGUGCAUUAGACGUAAAAAGGUAGAAUGUUCUCAGCGGAAAUUAAGCUUCUUAAGAGGCAUUUCUUUUAGACUCGUGCACUUUACCAAUGCUUACCACUAUACCGGUAAUAUCUCACGACAAAUAUCCAUGGCAGAUAUCAUAGUGUACUUGCCAAAAGACCAUUCAAGAAUGUUGAUUCGAUUAUGAAAGCCCACUUUGUCCAUUCCAAUUCUGGGGCCAAGCUUAGUCUAACUGGGUUUACCACUCUUACGAGAAGAGAAUGAAAGAAAAGAGAGACUGAGAAAAUCUAUUUUAUAUUCAAUGCCAAGCAGUAGUUCAUACUGGGCGCUUGUAUAGGAUAGGUAAUCUGCACCCCUGAGAAGUACCUAAGCAGAGUAACGUGGCAGGGAUCAUGGGUAAUUGUCACAGAUGGCCACGCCUCACUGCUUUGACAUCUGGAGCAAAGCUGGGAGGAGAGAGGAACUGGAACACCAUCUUUGGGCGUAAUGGUGGAAUCUGGUCUACCUCCAAGAAGAAGAAGCCCUUCACAAGCAUCAUCACCACUUUCAGAGAUCCAUCACUCACGCUCCGCCUUACCCUAUUCUAGCCUAUGACAAUGCCCUUACUGGAGCCUAGCUCAGACUAAAUCGCACCCCUCCACCAUUAUAACCCCCACCCAGCCAGGCUGGUGGGAGUUUUUGCACUACUGCAGCAGUCCCCCCUUCAGCCCCUUACUCUCAAACUUUAACCAACACCCUUUGUUGGAUUACCCAUUAGUUUCCCCCACCAAAACCUACCUCAUUUGGGGUGAGUUUUGGUGGGGGAUACUAAUUUUGGGGUGAGUUUUGGUGGCUCUGUUUAACAGAGGCUGAUUGUCGCAGUGGGCUCAGUCCCAAACCUGACCCGUUGUCAGCACAUGACCCUCAUCCCUUAACCAACCCAACCAGGGCUGGAGAGAGAUCGUUGCGUAAGAGGGCUGUAUAGCACUUAUUAAUUCUCCCUGUAUUACUCAUUUUCCCAUUAUCCUUCCUAUAGACACAGCCCAGGGACAUUUCAAAUUCUGAGCCCUCCCUUCCAUCAUCUUCUCUCCCCCUCUCCUCUUCCCUAUGCACCCUAGCUAUCGCACCCACUCACCGCUGAUGCCCCCAGUUUUGCCCAGAAUCAUUGACACCAAACGGGAUCCAGGCCUCUCCCUUGUGAGACAAGGCUGGCCAUAACUGCCCUUUUAGAGUGGCGCCACCGAAUGAAUGUGAACGGCAAAGCAGUAGCCAUUGGAGCGAGAGACUUGAACGCAAGAUUGUGAGGAUGUGAAAGAAGAAGAAAGCGUUGAACAGGAGACAAAAAGCUGAGGGACUCAACCCUCACUGCCAUCAUUGACAUGGGUAGGAGAGCGGGUGAUGUGGCCGGUUGUAAAGACAAUGUUAGCAAACACUUGUGGGAAGGGGAGAUGGCGUUGUAGGAAUAUGUACAGUCUCCCCUUCUGUUCCCACACAACAACCGCAUAUGAGCCCCUGCUCCCAUGCCAGCUGACAACCCCAAAUGUCCCCCCUCAGCUCCCUCCAAAAGGAUGACCUCCAACUUUCAUAUGGUGAGGAUCAGAAAGAGAUCCCUCAUUCCAGAGAUGCAGGUUUAGAAUUCCAACACAUCUUCGUAAAGGAACUGAAAAAGAGAAGAAAAAAAACGUAUUGGUCCUUUGUUCUCAUGAGCUGCCUGGAUAUGUGUGUGACAGUAGGGGUUAUAAUGCUGCUUUACCGUCUGAGUCUGAUUUAGAUUAAGAAAAAAAGAUAUAUGAAAUGAUUAUGAAUCUACAAAACAAAAAAUGAAAAGAGAUGACUUAAAAAAAAAGACUCCUGAACAAAAAUAUUGGAGAUUUGUUUCAUUUUAUCAUUGUUUUCUUAUUUUUCUGUUUUUUUUUUGACGCUUAAACUGCUUUGUGAAAAAAAAAAGGAAAAAAACAGCUGUAGUCACUUUUUGACCAUGCGUGCAGUGUAACAUCGAAAAUAUUUCACUUCUUUUUCACAUCUAUACUUUGUGUUGAUAAGCCAACUGAUCUGUUUGUCUGUGUGUCUGUCCAGUUGUCCGUCCCCUUUUAUCAGGAGGAAUUUACAACCAACAAAACAGGAAUUUCUUUUUUAUAUUUUUGUUUCUUUUUUUAUUAAAUACAACUUUGGAAAAAAAAAAACACAAAUCGGAAAAAUAAUGCAACAGAAACUGAAAAUACUAAAAAAAAAAAAAGAAAAAGAAAAAAAACAAUCUUGUCAUACCUCACACAACACAAAACUCAAAGGAACUUGGGAGGAGUCAUAUUUUACAGGCACAUGUGAAAGUUCAGAGAUUAGCAUUUAUAGAU